AUGGAAAUUAAAAUGGACUAUAAUAAAAAAUUUUUAAAAUUUCGAAUUGCAAAAUUAAUUUAUUUUUUCUUGUUAAUAAAAAUAAAUACACUUAAAAUAAGAAAAGGUCCCAUAGAGUCAGGAAAUAAACUACAUAAGAAUGAAGAGAAGAUUACUGUAUUCCAUAGAGUAUUGCCUUAUUUUUCUAUGGAAGCAACAGUAUUUGAAGAUAAUAAAAUAAAUAAAAUAAGCCAUGAAAAAAAUAUAUGUGCAAAAUUAGUUAAAGAUCACAAAAAUUUUAAUUCUCCAUUAGAGAAAAGGUACAAACUCGAAAAUAGAGAGUAUACUAUCGAAAUAAGGAAUAAAGAAAACACAUACCACUAUACCAAUAAUCUUUUAAAAAAUUUGGGAUUAGAGUUAUGUAAUAAAGUAUUAAUAUUUUCUAUUGCUAUUACUAAUGACCUAUGUGAGUUUGAUAUAUAUAAUAAUUAUACAUUAUAUAUUAAUUACUUAAAAAAUGUACAAAUUGAACAUCUACAAACUGCAUUAUUGCAUGGACGAUUUUUAUUUUUAAAAUUACCUCAAUCUUUUGAUUUGAAUAAAAGUAUUCCUACAUUUUCUGAAAAUGAAUAUAUUAUAAAAAAAGGAAUACUAGAAAAUGAUAUUAUAAAAUUUGACUUCACAAAUAUUAUUCUAAAUCAAGUAUGUAAUUCCUCAUCUGAUCAAAUACGCAAGCCAUUUGAUGAGAAUAAAAAUUCAAAUAAUAAUAAGGAUAACCAAAAUAAAAAAAAAAUAAUAAAUUUUGUUGUUAUAACUUCGCAUGUGUUGAGUGAUAUUAUUAUUUUCCCAUCAACAAUUAUGAAUGCAGAAUAUGUCAAAAAUUAUAAAAAUAUGAAGAAUGUUGUAAAGAUUAAAAAAAAAAUAGUAAAAAAUUUUACUGACUGGGUUGGAUGGUCCCCCUGUUACAACAUAUGUAGUGAUAACUUUUCCUACAAGUGCAGAUAUAAUAAUUGUAUGAAUGAUGAAAGUGCUUUUUGCGAUCAGCAUUUACUUUUGGAUUUUUACGAGUGUGAACCUAAGACUUGUAAAAAUGAGUUGAACGGUCCAAAUGAAGAUGGAAAAAAAGAAGAAAAACCUUCUUCAUCCAGUGAACAGAAUACGACGGAUGAGGAUGGAUAUUUAUUAGAUGAUGACACAAUGUCAGGGAAAAGAAAACAUGAGAAAACAAACUUUUUCAUGUGGAUAAUAAAUAAUAAAAAGCUUUCCCUUGGUCUUUUAAUAUUUUUUAUCGUUGUCAUAAUACUUGGAUGUCUGUAUUGCUAUGUAAACUCCAGUCUAGGCUUUCAUAACGACGAAGAAUAUUACGUAUCAAAUUAUAGAUAG